AUGGUUAGCGUCUACUAUGAUGGGCGCAGUCGGAAUAUCGCCGACCUAAGAACGUCUUCUAAAAAGGCCCUAUCUCUACCUGAUUUCAAAAAUAUUCUAUGGAUUGGUGUCUUUGGUUCCUUUUCGAGGGACCAACAAACAGAUCGAAGUGAUGUUGACCUCGUAGUCGUCGAGCGCUCGAAUGCUGUGCCAGCAGAGUACCCUGGGGAUGCAAACUACGAGCCCUGGACAUUGGAAGAGCUGCUACCACGAGUUUGGUGCAGGCCAGUUGAAAUCGUUCUCCUCAAAGAAGAACUGCGCGAGUUGGUUGCUAUAGAUUCACUUCUAACGUCUCGCACUAUAUAUGGCGACGACCAAUCUGUGGAAAUUUUGCAACUACGCCGGGAUGCUCGAAAAUAUCUUAAUGAGGGCUGGACAAUAUUUCGGAACGCAGAGAAGGAUAUAGAGGCUCUAAAAUCCAGGAUCUCAGAGGUCAAAGACUUGGAGGAAUUUCUCAAGUCACAAUCUCUUCAGGAAUCCUUCCGAGAUCAACUACUCCACAUCCUGAGUUCUCUCAACAUAGAGCCUACUUCCCAUCCUAUCUACGAAGGUUUUUGGGCUACUAUUCUUCAGGUGGCAAACGAGAUCAAAGCGAUAGUUACUCCAACCUCACAAGAGGACUCGGAGUACUGGCGAAAAAUAUGGGACAUUCUUUCAACUUCAUCGCCUAAAAGUCUGCAAAGUCUUCUGAUGCGUUUGAAGAAAUUCGUCAUCCCCACUCUUGAAGAUAUCGAACAGCGUAUCAAGAUUUCAGUACAGUUGGAGAAUGAAGAUCGGACGGCGGGAGAUAUCGCGGGGAAUGAAGGCGGCAUUCCGGAAGCUAGUAAUACGGGAGAAGUGCCAGCUGCAGUCGAAACCAAUUUGGCGGCAGCGAACGCGUACGAGGGGGGUACUCUCAAACGAAUUUUUAGAAGAUUAACAGGGCGGUUUUCUAGGCAAGGAUAA